UUUCAUUUUCUCAAAAUAAUGAAAUCAUGGAUUUCCUUCUUUUUAACUGACGCACGCACAUUUGUUUAUUGCAAGCAAAAAAAAAAAAAAAAAUGUUUAGUAUUUUAAAGCCUACGAAUUUUGCCAAAUUGCAUAUACUUGUACCAAAGACACCAUCAAAUCCUUACUUCACCAACUAUAAAACUCGCCAAUUUUCUCAGUCGACUAUUGUGUUUAACAGAUUUUCAGAAUUAGCUAAAAAAAUUAAAGAAUCAUAUCCGAUUUCUGAAAUAACACCACAAGAACUUCAUUCAUCACUCAAUUCAUCAUUAUCUACUACUUCUAAUUUAUCUCCUACACCAAAGCAACCUCCAAUUAUUAUUGAUGUUCGAGAAAAAGAUGAACAAUUAAGAGGAAUUAUACCAACAGCAAUUCCUUUACCACGCGGUAUAUUAGAAAGAGAUGUUGAAAGAAAAGUGACAAGUGUUAAAGAAGUAAAUGAUUUGGAAAAUGGAAGAGAUAUUGUUGUUUAUUGUGCGGGUGGUUUAAGAAGUAUAAUGGCAGCAGAAAGUUUAAUUAGAUUAGGAUAUAAAAAAGAAAAUGUUAAAAGCUUAAUAGGUGGAUAUGAUAAUUGGAAAGAAAGUGGAUUUGAAGUGGCUGAUUAUGAAACUUCAAAAAAAAUGUAAGCUAGAAUAAUUAUUCAAACAUUAAUAUUGUGAAUUCUAUUAUAAUUUUUUAAAAUAAUUUUUGAACUUUAAUCUAUUAAAAUAGAUAAACUAAUUAAUAACACAAUUUUUAUUUGUAUAUUGUAA